UCAGUCUGCGUCGGCCACGCCCACUCCUGCGAGAGCGGCCGGCCAAUGGGGGCGCUCGGAGGGGGCGCGCGCAUGCGUGUUGCGUGCGUCGUCCUCGCGGGCCGUAGUCGUCACCGCCGUCGCUCUCCCGGGCGCUCAGUCGGCGUCGGCCAUGAGUCUGGGCGGGAUGUCGGCGGAGCAGCAGCUGCAGCAGAGGCUGCUACGGAGCCGCCUUCGGGCCUCGUCGCAGCUCCUGUCGCUGUCUCCGGCUCCCGCUCCGCCUCCGCUGCUGCUGCCUCCUCUGUCCUCCCCGCUGUCGCCCCCGUCCCCCCCGGACUCCCCUCCUCCGGGCACCACUCCGGCCGAGAUCCCCGCGGGGCCCCGCUACCCGAGCGAGACGUGGUGCUCCCUCUGCCGCGUCUACUGCCCGGACCCCGUCUGCCUCCCCUGCGGACACAACUUCUGCACCGGCUGCAUCGGGCAGCGCCUCGCGGAGCCCAAGCUCAGCAUCUCCUGCCUGGAGUGCGGAGCCACCGCCAGGAAGAGGAACCUGCGGCCCAUCAAGCCCCCGCCGCUCCUGGCCAGCCUCGCGGGCGAGAGGAGCAAGAGGCCGCGCCUGGAGCCCAGCCCCGCGCCAGCCCCGCCGCCGCCCCCGGCCCCGACCCCGGUCUGCGCCGCCCCUUCGCCGCCAGUCACCACCGCCGCCCCUUCGCCGCCGGCCCCCGCGGCGCCCCCCACCCCUCCGCCCACAGCGACAGCGACAGCGCCGUCCCCCACCGGCCCCGGCCCCGCCACCCCCCCUCUGAGCGCGGCGGCGGCCUCGCGGAGAGCCCCUCUGACCCCCACCGGAGCAGGAGGAGGAGCGGGAGAAGGGGACGGCGGAGGGCGGCGGUGCGAGAAGCACCAGGCCCCGCUCCAGUUCUUCUGCGAGGAGGACCAGAGCCCCAUCUGCGCCCACUGCGACCGGUCCCAGGAGCACCGCGCCCACACCAUCUUCCACGUGGAGAGGGCGGCCCGGGACUACAGGGAGCGGGUUCAGGCACAACUAGAGAUUCUGAAGCAAGAGAAGAACACGCUAUGGAGCCAGAAGCUGACAGGAGAGAAGAAAAUCCAGGAAUACAUGGAAAAGGUCAAGACAGAGAGAAAGGAGAUUGUGUCUGAGUUUGAACACCUGCACCAGUUUUUGAAAGAUCAGGAACAGCGCCUGCUGACCCAACUAGAAGAAAUAGAUAAAGAGAUAGAAAGGCAGAAAGAUGAAAUGGUGACCAAACUCUCAGAAGAGCUGUCCCGUCUUGGUGAUGUGAUCACUGAGAUGGAGGCAAAAUGUAAACAGCCGGCAAGUGAAUUUUUGCAGGAUAUUAAAAAAAACAUGAACAGAUGUGCAGCAGGGCAGUUUCAGCUCUUUGAAGAAACUCCUAAGCUUGAAGGGAGAUUGGAUGACAUUUCUCGGAAGGGGGAAGCUCUGAAGGAAACAUUAAGGAGAUUCCAAGAUAAUAUUAUAAGUGCUGUGGAAAAAGGAGAGAUUGCAAGAGCACUGAAUGAUACAGCAGAUGCAACUCUCAAUUCAGAUGUAAUGAGUAUCCUGCAAUUGGACCAAAGAAAUGCUAGGUGUGAAGAAUCCCAGCGCAGAUUGCCUGCUUUGCAGUAUGUCCCUGACAUGCCAGAAACUGUGGAUUCCAGAGCUUUGGUUCUGGGCUGUGAUGGCUUCACUUCUGGGAGAUACUUUUGGGAACUGGAAGUGGGAGAUGGAGAAUUCUGGGCAUUGGGGGUCACCCGAGAUCCUUCCAAGAAGAAGGGGGUGGCAAACUUCAGCCCAGAAGAGGGGAUCUGGGCUGUGGGGCUGUGGAAGGGGCAGCACUGGGCUCUCACUUCCCCUGUGACUCCUUUAUCUCUUAGCAAGCACCCAAGGAGGAUUCGAGUGUCCCUGGACUAUGUAGGGGAGUGUGUGACCUUUACUGAUGCAGAUACAGAAGACCCCAUCUUCACUUUCCCACCGGCUUCUUUUAACGGGACACGUACCCACCCAUUGCUGUGGGUAGUAGGGUUCCCUGCUCAGGCAGUGUUUCUGAGGCGUAUGGGGGUGAAAUACCCAACUGCAGUCCAUGAAAUGGAUGUCCUUAGCCCAUGAGCUUAACUUUUUUCUAUGGGCCAUUGAUUCUGACCUGGAAUAGGUAGUUGAGCCAUUUGGGAACUGGAAAAUGGAAAAUCUAGAGGUUUGUUUUUUAGGGGGAAAUCCCCACAAAUGUCUGCCUCAUCUAUUGGAGAAUGUGAAGAUGAGGAGGUGGAAAAGCUCUCCUUGCUCCACAGUCUUAUGAUGUUUUGCUAAGGAGUAACACAAGAAUGAUAUGUAGGCCUUGAAAAACAGCAUCACUGUUAGGAUGUCCUUUUGAAAAGGGAUUAUCAUGAUGUCUUUCUGGUAGUAGGCUCAAUCUUGUUCAGUUGGAAAAAUGUUCUACUUAUAACUAUUAAACUUUGAAACUUUAA